AAGAAAACAAAAACAUGAUUUUUUGCGCCUUGGUCCGCAAUGUAUCGAUGAUGUUGUGUCCCCAUCACAAGUUGAUUGUCAGAAUAAAAACAUUAAAUUCAUCCAACAUUGGGAAGAAGAAAUAACUGAGCAGCAAAGAAAGCGAGUCAUCUUUUCCGUGAGAUCGGUGUGUGAAUUGUAUAUUCCCAUUUCAAUGCAGAGAUCCGGUUAUGGGUCCGACGGAAUAUACAGGUCACUCAGACCUUCCAUCGUUUUUCCCAAAAACUCAAACCUCUCACUCGUUUCCCAUCUUUUCAACAGAGUCGCAGCCUUUCCAUCAAAACCAGCUCUUAUCGAUGCAGACUCUUCAGAAACACUUUCUUUCGCGGAACUCAAAUUGCUAACUGUUAGGGUCGCUCACGGCCUCCUUCGUCUCGGAGUGACCAAAAACGACGUCGUUCUCUUCCUCGCUCCCAACGACAUCCGCUACAUCGUCUGCUUCCUCGCCGUCGCCUCUCUCGGCGCUGCCGUCACCACCGUCAACCCCGCCUACACCGCCGCCGAAGUCUCCAAACAGGCCAACGACUCCAAACCCAAACUUUUGGUAACCGUCGCCGAAUUGUGGGACAAACUCGAACACCUCAAACUCCCCGCGGUCUUCCUACGUUGUUCCAACGCUCCCCACGCGCCAUCCAGCGCGACUAGCUUCGACGCGCUGGUUCAACUCGCCGGGUCGGUGACCGAGUUUCCCGAAAUUAAAAUUAAACAGAGUGACACUGCGGCACUGUUGUAUUCUUCGGGUACCACCGGCUUGAGCAAGGGCGUGGUUCUCACGCACGGGAACUUCGUCGCGGCGUCGUUGAUGAUUGGCUUCGACGAUGAUUUGGCAGGGGUGUUGCAUAGCGUGUUCCUCUGCGUUUUGCCUAUGUUUCAUGUUUUUGGUUUGAUGGUCAUUUCGUACGGACAGCUUCAGAGGGGUAGUGCGGUUGUGUCUCUCAAGAAGUUUGAGUUUGAAUUGGUUCUGAAGACCAUUGAGAAGUUUAAGGUGACGCAUUUGUGGGUUGUGCCUCCGAUUAUUCUUGCUCUCGCGAAACACGGUUUGGUUGAUAAGUAUGAUCUUUCGUCUCUCAAGCAUAUUGGUUCUGGCGCUGCUCCUCUUGGGAAAGAGUUGAUGAAGGAGUGUGCUAAACGUUUUCCUCAUGCCAUUGUUUCUCAGGGAUAUGGUAUGACUGAAACUUGUGGAAUUGUUUCUGUGGAGAAUGCAAGGAUGGGAAUUCGGAAUAGUGGCUCUACGGGAAUGCUUGUCGCCGGAAUGGAGGCUCAAGUAGUUAGUGUGGAUACUCUGAAGCCUCUCCCUCCUGGACAGUUGGGGGAGAUAUGGGUACGGGGCCCUAAUAUGAUGCAAGGUUAUCACAACAAUCCACAAGCCACAAGAUUGACUAUGGAUAAAAAAGGGUGGGUACAUACAGGAGAUCUUGGAUAUUUUGAUGAGGAUGGGCAACUUUUUGUUGUUGACCGAAUCAAAGAACUGAUCAAGUAUAAAGGUUUUCAGGUUGCGCCGGCAGAACUUGAAGGGCUUCUGGUUUCUCAUGCUGAAAUACUUGAUGCUGUUGUCAUCCCAUAUCCUGAUGCUGAAGCUGGUGAGGUUCCAGUUGCCUAUGUCGUUCGUUCACCCAAUAGUUCACUCACAGAGGAAGAUGUUCAAAAAUUUAUUGCUAAGCAGGUAGCGCCUUUCAAAAGAAUAAGAAGAGUGACAUUCAUCAAUGCUGUUCCUAAGACAGCAUCAGGAAAAAUUCUCCGAAGAGAGCUUAUUGAGAAAGUAAGAUCCAAAAUAUGAUGAUAUCAUGGUGUAAUUUUUUUGUGUGUGUUCAAAACCAUUUCGGGGUUUAAAUUCAGAAGUAGAAUGCAAGUCCAGAGCGAAUCCGGAAAGGUAUGAUGGUUGUCAUAGUGGAUCAAAUAUGUAUCUGGCUGGGAACAGUACUUACUGUUGGGUCUAGCAUAUUUCAAUCCAUUUUAUAAAUGGGUGAAUUCAUUCUAGUUCACUUAAGGUUGAAUCUUUAAAAAAAUGGUCUGAUGUGACCUACCAUGGAUUGGUGAGAUAAACAGGUUGACCCAUCAA